GUGGGGCCCAGAUAAAAACCUGUGGCUCUCGGCUUCCCCUUUCCUCUCCAGUCCGUCCCCCACCAGGAGGAAGGAUCCCAGAGCCGUGAGCCUAGGCGGGGAAGGCGGUCCGGGGACUCCAGGAGGCAUCCCCUCCGGCUCCUCCUGGACGCUGCACCUUUGUUCCUCUGGGGCUCUUCCCCGGAAGGGCUCGGGAUCCCCGGGAAGCGGCUCGGACGCUCCCCACUCCUCCGCCUCUGAGGAACUCCGGAUCCGCAGCUGCCCAGCUGAGAACUGGAGAAGACUGCCCACCGAAAGGUCCGAGGUCUGGGGCUGGAAGGGACCUAUCCAAGCUCCCCCACUCAUUUUCUAGAGGAAGAAACUGAGAAGCAACCUAAGGCUACACAGCAAGUGAGUCUUCAGGAUGUUCGCCAAGGCCACCAGGAAUUUUCUCAGGGACACUGACCCAGGAGGGGACUUGAUCCCAGUGUCAAGCCUGAAUGACUCAGACAAGUCACAGCUUCUGAGUCUGGUGGUGAAGAAAAAGAAGUUUUGGUGUUGGCAGAGACCCAAGUACCAGUUUUUAUCAGCCACCAUCAAUGACAUCCUGACCGAAGAUCAGUUUCUGAACCCAGUUGUGCUUGAGUCCGACUUUGUCAAGUAUGAGGGGAAGUUUGAAGACAUGGUGAAGGGCACCAUUGAGACCGCCUUGGGGAGGAUCACCCUGAAUGCUGGAGGAACCGGCCUGGUAGAAAGCCAGUCUUCCUUUGGGACGCUGCAGAAGCAGGAAGUGGACCUACAUCAACUCCUCCGGGAGUCUGUGGAUAGGAUGAUAAAUCUGAAAAGUCCUUUGCUGCAGCAAGUGCUGGAGAGGAAGAAUGAGGUCCUGUGCAUCUUGACACAAAAGAUCGUGACAACUCAGAAGUGUGUGAUCUCUGAGCACAUCCAGAUAGAAGAGAAAUGUGGGGGCAUGGUGGGCCUCAAGACCAAGAGGGUGAAGGUUUCCGUGAGUGAAGAUGGGAAUGUGACGAGAGAUUCCAAUGUGGUCCUGGAGAUCCCGGCACCCACCACCAUCGCCUACGGGGUCCUGGAGCUCUACGUCAAGCAGGACGGCCAGUUUGAAUUCUGCUUGCUGCGUGAGAAACAAGGUGGUUUUGAGCAAGAGAGCCCGGAUGGCCCCAUUGACCUGGAUACUGGAGAGCUCAUCUUUCCCUUCAUGGCAGACUGUGUGGACGGGAAUUCAAAAGCUGGAGAGCUCAUGCCUACUGAGGGACCAUUAAGCUCCUUAAAACACGGGAUGCUGCUCAUGGAGAGGAAUUUCCGUCCCUUUGUGGAGCUGUCAGGGCAACACCAAGCAGCACUGUGGGAAAUCCUCUGGGAAAUCCUGGUCGAGGAUGAAUUGCUUAUGGCCCUGGGCACCGUGCUCGAUGACGUCUUCACCGGCGGCAGCCCGCGGCUGACGGCGCUCCCGGAGCUGAGCCGGGGCCAGCGGCGGCGGCUCGCCACCUUCCUGGGGCUGGCCGGCCUCCAAGUGCGGGAGGACCUGCUGGUGGCGAGGGAGGCGCGCGGCGCUCUGGACCUGCCGUCCGCCGUCCACUUCUUCAUCAGUGCCCUGGCAGAGAUGCCAGACAAAGCCCCAGCUCUGAUGGGCAGCUGCUGCAAGUUACACAUGGUACCAGCCUUGUGCCACUUGCCUCAAGCGACAUCCCCCGAUGGCUUCUUGGCCCUGGGAGACCCGAGCCUGGCUGUGCUGGAGGACGCCCAGAGAUUCGAGAUCGUGCGGGAACUGUUUGCGCUCUCCAACAUCAGCCUGGAGCGCGCCGGCUCAGCGGUGAAAGCCGUCAUCAUGGAGAAGCCGCAGUACCUUCCACUCCUUCUCUACAUCAUCCUGAAUGGACUCUGUGCUUUAGAAAGAAGAGACGAGUGACACCGUCCGAGAAGGUCCAGGGACCGUAGAUGGCGGCCCACAGAGAGCCCUGUUUUCAGAAAAGAGAACGCUGACUGCCUAAGACUGGGGAGCGGGAGGGCUUCCUUUUUGGGUUAAAUGCUGCCUAGCUUUUGUUUUUAAACCCUUCCCUUCCAUCCUAGAAUCAUACUGUGCAUUGGUUCCAAGGCAGAAGAAUGGUCAGGGCCAGACCAGGGGGGUUAGGUGACUUGCCCAGGGUCACCCAGCUAGGAAAUGUUUGAAGCCACAUUUGAACCAUCUCUAGGUCUGGCUCUCAAUCUGAGCCCCCUCACUGCCUCCCCUAACAUUUUAAAUGUUAGAAUCACAGAAAUUCAGCCACUAAAAAAUCUGUGGCAGAGCAUCAUCUCUGCCCUGAGAUGCCUCUGGGCAUCACAUUCAGGGUGCUUGGUCCAGCACAGAGGGGGAGCAAGACUGAGAAUUCCAAGACUAUAAUCAGGUCUCUGCUGCAGCAAUCCCGGCCCUUUGAUAAGGCUGCCAGCUUGGCCACCUUAAAGGGGAGGCUGAGGAGGCUUUGGGUUCAAGUACGUUUUGAGUAAGUGCUUUGGGAGGGACACGGGGUCUCUCUGGGGGGACAGACCAGGGGCCGUGCCAGGCCUGUACAGAACAACCUCCCCCACAAGCCCCAUCUUCCUCUGCUGCUCAUUUACUGUUGAUCUUAAUGCUGCAAUGCCUGGGAGACCACUUGGGCCAAACGUCCCGUUUACAGCAGCUCUCCUCUUCCCCUGGGCCCAGAUGCUUAAUUUAUAGUGUGGGACCUCAGAGGAGAGGCUGAACUCUGCCCAUUCCUGUGCCUCUCAUGAGUGGUCCCUGACGGCAGAGGCUGCUGUUCUGGUCCCUCUGGGGACUCCCUGCCUCCAAGGCACCAGGAAGAUGGAAGACCCGUUCUUCCUUUCUCUGUGUCCCUGAGCGGGGCUGCCUUGCUCCCUGGCCAUUCCCGACGGGCAGGUGGGCACAGAACCUUGUUAGAGUGGAGCUGAGGCUGUGUCAAGCGGCAGCCGCGAGGCGGGUCUCAUCUGACCCCGAGUGCCCAGGCUCUGGUCUAGCGAUGAAGAAAUGCUUCCACCGAACAAACGAAUGGCCCCAUUUCUGUGAUUAUGUAGGAACAGAUUAAAAAAUGCUCGUAGCCUCUCGCAA